CCCCGCUGUGCACCACCAUCCAUAAAUAGCUUCGCUGCCCCUGCUACAGCACCAGAAACUUGCAAAAUUCAUUGUUAAGACAAGUUAUUUCAAACCCUUCUACAAUCAUGUCCGUCGCUUCGUCUGCCAAAAGACCCGAGAUCAUCGAGAUCGCUCGGGGUCUGAACCAUGUGCCCAUGUGCGAGGAGUACGAGCGGAUGAUUUCCGGCAUGCUCUAUAACCCCCUCGUCCCGAAGCUGAUGGAAGGCCGACACCGCGCCCGCGGCGUGGCCCAGGACUACAACAACCUCGACGCCAAGUCGGUGCCCUACGAGGAGAUCGCCGACCGGCGCUUUGAGCUCCUCCAGAAAAUCGUUGGGCGCGUCGGCGAGGGCACCUUUAUCGAGCCGCCCUUCAUGCCGGACUACGGCUGCAACAUCAGCAUCGGGAAGGAUUGCUUCAUGAACUUCAAUUUCACCGCCCUUGACACCAGCCUGAUUAUCAUCGGCGACCGCGUGCAAUUCGGCCCGAACGUCAACAUUUACACGGCCGGUCAUGACGUCAGCGUGUUGUCGCGUCGCAAGUUCGUCGAGUUCGGCCACCCCGUCAGCAUCGGCGACGACUGCUGGAUCGGCGGGAAUGUGGUUAUCUUGCCGGGGGUCACGAUUGGGGAGGGUUCGACGCAUUCAACAUCGGAUUCGGCUUCUGAGUCGUCAACUGCGCUGCCGGCUUGCCGAUCUGCGACUCCUGCGUCAGGAUGCGAAUGACGCCCCACUCCGUCUUCUCCACGAUCCACGCUUGGUGAUGUUGGCUAGGUAGUCCCAGACGCGCUAGACAGUCGUCCCGGGCACGUAGACCUCGUUGGAGACGAAGUUGUCGGUCGUACCGCGGUGGUAUUUCUGAGGCCAGGUGACGGCGGCUUGCAUCGUGGAAGGUACUAGGUUUUGUGAUGUAUAUACAGUAGUAGAGUAGGGAGGUACGAGGUGACAGAGAAAGUUGAUCGGGUCAAAUUUGGCGACCGAAGGGACCCUGGGAUAUAUAGGACAGUCUG